AAGGUCAGUAACUAAUGACAAUUUUGAAGUAUGUUCCUCAAUAAUUGAAUCAGUACUCAAGUUGUGGCACUUGCAGAAGCUGUGAAGAUUGAGCCUCGUGAUGAGCAGCAAUCAAACUGUGACUCGGGGCUCCCAGCUGGCUUCCUUGAAGUGGAGAAAGGGGAACCUUUCUUCAUGGAAGAAGACAGUGCUACAGUUGCUGACUUCAAACUGUUCCAAAUUCCAUUCCUGGGCUUGGAUUCUCUCAAGGCAGAGCUUGUCGAGGCUGGGGCAUCUCCAUCCAUCCCCCAGGCUUCUCCUGCAAACCAAGAACUCCCAACAAGGGCAGGAAUCUUCACCGCUGUUCAAAAAGCCUCUGAGAAUGCCUGCUUAGCCUCUACUUCUCUGGAGGUGCACAAUUGUGGUGCUUCAAUGACUCUUCCGCCUUCAGAAACUUUAACUUCCAAGGGGAAGAGUCAAACAAAUGAAAUGAAAAUCUCAUCCACUGAACAAGAAGCUGGUGAAGCUCGCUCGCCUAAUAAUGACCGCCUUCCUCCUACUCCUGCACCAUCAGUAAAUUGUAACGUUCUCAGCUACAAUGGAACGAGAACUGUCCCUGCAACGCCGGAGGCUUCUUUUAAGGCGAAAGAGGCGCGCAAUUCUGUGGAUUUGGGACGUUCUAAGCAUCUUCGCAUUAAAUUAAAAAAAUGCAGUGUACUAUUGACUCGCAUUCAUGUUUCUGAAAAUUACAUUUACGUUUGCAGUGAAGAAAACGAAAAUAAUAUUUGCUCAGAAGAAAUAGCAUUUCCAGAGCCUCAUCCUGAUCAUGGGAGCAAAGAUUCAGAGCGACCUGAAAUGCGCAGUGAAAAAGUGGGCAAAAGUGGAGGACCAAAUUCAAGUAAAGAAAAUAAGUCAAACUUUUCUAAAAAACUGAUGGUCUGCGAAGGACAUCCCUCAAUCGUUCUAAGCGUCAAAAUGCUUCUAUGAAGGAGGCAAUUUCUUCCACAACCUUCCACGUACGUCGUAACAAAGAGAAGACUCUCAAGUGUCAUGUCUGUGGCGCAGCUUUCCGUUUUAAAUGUAAGCUUGAUCGACAUAUCAACGCAGUUCAUCUUAAAUUGAGGCCCUACAAGUGCUCUAAGUGCGAUUAUGCCUUCAGUCAGGUUUCUCAUUUACAAACCCAUUUAAACACCGUGCAUGCAAAGCUGAAGCAAUUCUUUAAGUGCACAGUUUGUUGCAUCAAUUUUUCUUCUCCUGCGUUUCUACAGCGUCACGUCUCUAAAGCCCAUUCUGCUGCUACCAAGUUUCAAUUGGAUAGCCGUUUCGCCGGCGCCCAAUUAGUAGACAAACCUCACAAGUGUUCUGACUGUAGCUAUGCUGCUACUUCCAAGAGCAAUCUCAACAGCCAUAUAAAACAUGUACAUCUGAAGGUAAAACCGCAUAAAUGCGCUCUCUGUGCUUAUGCUGCCACAAAUAAAACACAUCUUCGUGAUCACA